UAAAAAUAAUUUUACGACUACGACAACGAGUGAACAGCAGUCGAUAUUUUUUCCAUUCGUGUCGUGUAAAUACUGACUUGACAAAAUGGCAAAUUGGAAUUCUUUAAUACCGUCUCAAUUCAAGCCGUCUGGUUUCAUUUCGGCUCUACGAACAUUCUUAGGUGGAAGAAAUUUCAAGCCUAAUAUAAGAAUGGUUGAUGAAGUCUCGUCAGCCACUCAACCUCCACCUGAUGUUCCAGGAGGACCUAAUCAUACAGUUUUUAAUAAUUAUUACUGUACACGUGACAGCCGUAGAGAAGUUACACAACCAAUAAUAAUUUUUGAAAAUAGUUCAAAACUUAUUGAAAAUACAAAGAAACCUGAUCCUGGCUGCCCAUCAAAAGUGCCACUUCCAGGAAAAGUUUUCCACUGGGAUUAAAAUUGUGUAAUUUUAUACAUAGUAGUGUAAAUGUAUUGAAUUAUAUGGUAUGAUCAGUAGAUUUAAAUAAACAAAUGUCUUAAAAAUGG